AUGGGUGUUUCUACUGAUGCAAAAGUAUCAGAUAUUGAAGAUAUUAAACUUAAAUUACCAGAGAUUCAAAAGCCAAAUACACAAAAACCCGAUCUUAGCAAACGCGCCGCCGGACUAAAAUGUCUACUGCAACAAAGAGAAACAUUAGCUUGCAGAAAAGGGGCAGUAUUUUCAAUAAUGUUGGCAGGAUCUAGAGGAACAGGUAAGACCACUUUUUUUAACACAUUAUUUGGAACUGAAUUGUUGUCACUUGAAGAGGAAAGAUCAGUCACCAGAGUUGAUGGCAUUUCAGUUGAUAGGUUUGAAUUACAAGAACUGAAAUUUAAAUUAAACUUACAAGUUAUUGAAACCAAAGAUUAUGGGAAUAGUUUAGAUAAUCUGAAUGCUUGGAAAACAAUAUGUAAGUUCAUUGAUGAUCAAUUCUUGAAAUAUUUGCAACAAUCUCAACAACCUUGCCGAAAAGAUUUAGUUGAUUCCAGAGUCCAUUGCUGUUUAUAUUUUCUUAAUCCAUCAAAAUGUUCAUUAUGUGAUUUAGAUAUUGAAACUAUGAAAAACCUUUCUACCAGAGUUAACUUGAUUCCUGUGAUUUCCAAAAGCGAUAUUCUUACCCCUGAUGAACUAGUCAAGUUUAAAGCAGUAGUCAAGCAAGCUUUGCAUGAUAAUGAAAUUCAAAUAUGUCAAUAUUUUACUGACCUUGAUUUGAUUCAUGCAAUUAAUUUUCUGGUUCCAUUUUCUAUUGUUGGUUCAAUUGACAGGUAUAAAAAUGAUCACGGAGAGUUUGUAAAGGGAAGAAACUACCAUUGGGGGUUAGUUGAAAUUGAAAACUCAAAGCAUUGCGACUUUUUAUUACUCAAAAAUAUAUUAAUAACUGAAAAUAUGCUUGAUUUUGUUUUAUCAACGGAUACAUUUUAUGAAAAAUUUAGAAGUUCCUACUUGGCUAAUAAAAUUGAAAGUGUUCUCAGUCCCAAUGAAAAUAGAGAUGUCACAAAAUUGGAAGGAUUUCAACAAUUGAAAGCUUACUACAAUGUGAAAGCUCUAGAAAAGCGAAAGUCCCUGCAAGAAGAACUGCAACAACAACGCAUUGACUUUGAUGAAAUGUUUGAAAAGAAAGCACAAGAAUUAAGGCAACUUAUGGACAAGUUGUAUACUGAAGAGGAUGAAGUUAUUAAAAUGAAGAAACAAAAGUUGGUUAAAAAGCAAGAAGAGUUUCGUGCAGAUCUCCACAAGACCAAUCUCAAGAAGAAAGAGCUUCUUGCUCUUAUUGAAGCAGCUGAAUCAAAAUCCAAUAUUAGUGAAUCAAGUGUUUUGGUCAAUAGUGAUAUCGCUUCAAGUCAGAGUAGCGUCAAUAUAGUAGAAGGAGCCAAUUGUGAAAAUGCUUAGGUAGUUGUACGUGUUGCUA